AUGCAAAUUGAACAAAUUUUUAAUGAAAUAUGGAAAGAAACUCCAUUAGAAAAAACAAAUGUUCAUGUUGUUGUUGGAUAUACUUUAGAAGCAAUGAGACUUAUGAACCAACAAUGUGAUGAGUAUACAGUCUUAGAAUUAAUGAAAAAAAAACCUCAUGAUGAAGACAAUGUUUUAAUCAAACCAAAUGAAAAUACCAGUUUUUAUACUAAACUCCCAACAAAAAAGUCUAUUGACUUUAAUUCAAUAGAAUUCACUGUUCAUAAAACAACAAGUGAAAUUUUUGAAGAGAUAAAAAGAAAACAACAACCACAAGAAACUACUUUUGUAUUUAAUACUUUAAACACUUCAUCUUCAAACAUCAGUCUCUUUAAUCAACCUAAAACAAACACAUUACAAAAUUUGUUAGAAUCAUUUAACAAAGAAAAACUAAAAGCUUCAAUGAAACAAGAAGCAAAUUCAAUUGUUCAAUCACAACAAAAUAUUCCAACCAUUCAACCAAAAAGAAUUCUUUCACAACCAAAUUUUAAAGACUCUAUACAAAUCAACCCUGAAGAAAUUAAUAUAGUUUCUCAACCAAUUGUUGAUAAAAAACCAAUAACCACCAGUGACUUAAAUCAACACUCACCUAUUAUUCUAACUCCUGAUGUUCCAACAUUAUCAAAUAAAAAAAAUACCAAAAUUAUUGGAACUUGCCAAAAAUAUGAAAAAUCAUAUGUAAGAUUAGUUGAAAAUACAGACCCAACAUUAAUCAGACCUCUUAAUAUAUUAAAAAAGUCUUUUGAGUUUGUAAAAUCAAAAUAUGAAACUAAUCAUGACUAUAAUUAUAUUUCAGAUCAAUUAAAAUCUAUUAGACAAGAUAUGGUAGUUCAAGGUUUAAAUUGUCAAUUCACUAGAGAAGUUUAUCAAUAUGAUAUUCAAAUAGAACUUGAAAAUCAAAACCUAACUGAACUUAUUGUGUGUAUUAGUAAAUUAUUAGAAUUGGAUGAAUGUAUUCAUGUUAAAGAUGAUCUUCAUUUUGAAUGUGUUUCUAUUUUAUUACUUGAUUUACAUAAAUUUAUUCAAAAGAAAACAACUAUUGGAUUAUAUAAUAAGAUUUAUGAAUUUAUUGAUGACAUUAAAAAAUCUUCAUUAGUUCAGUUUGUAAUUGAACUUUUAAAAUACUUUGAAAAUGGUGAAGUUAUUGAAAUUUCAUCAUUAUUAGAAAACACUAAAAUCCCUUCUUUACUUUCUCAUUACAUACAAUUGUAUUUCUUACCUGCUGUUCGUUCAUUAGUUAUAGAUGAAAUUAGACGCUCUUUUAGAGGAAAAUGGCCUAUCUCAUAUAUUAAAAAAAUUUUAGUAUUUUCUACAGAUGAAGAAUGUGCAAAUUAUUUAAAAUCACCAGAAUGUAGUUGUUACUCAGAUCUAAAAUUAAGUAGUGAUAAUUCAGUUAUUGAAUUAUUAAAUCCAAAAUAA